AUGCGUUCCUCAACCUUCAUCUCCAUGGUGGCCGCCUUUGCCGGCGCCGCUGUCGCCAGCCCCGUGACCAGAGCCGCUGACUACGGCUCUUGGAAUGUCACCGUCUCCGGAUCCAGUGCCGCUUCGGGAUACAGAUGGGAAGAGGUCACGUUUACAUACUCGUUGACCAAUACCACGUCAAGCUGCGACUGGUUGUACGACCCAACCGUCCAUGCCGAAAAGACCACCUGCGACGACCCUACGCUCAGCUAUACCUGGAGUGACUUCAGCAAGUCGAGCAUUACCGUCCAUCAGACUGUUAACGAUGUUGCUCUGUCCGGCUCCGCGGCGAUCUCUGUGGCCACUGGACUGUAUGGCAGUGGCCGUGGAUGGGCCGGCAAUACUAUUGUGGAGGCCUCUCCCGCAUAA